AUGGAUAGUUAUAAAUCAGCUAAGAAAGUGUCCAAGUUGGUAGGGGAAGAACAAUUAUUAGAUGAUGAUAUUGAAGUGAAAGUUGAAUUUGAGAUAGUGGGCGAUGGAGGGUACGUUCUGAAGAUGAAGAGGGUGAAUCCAAGUUCAAAUAAUGAGGAUGAGGUAGAAAGGGCUAAGAAUUUGGCUCAAAUGGAGCAAUGUUGUACCAUUACGGAGAGAUUCUUCAAGACAUGGGAGAGAAAUUGA